UUAUUAGCCUUUCCUUCUAUAUAAAUCUACACUUUUCUCUUCACUCUUCGCCCAUAUUCCAUCCAUCCAUCCAUUGUUAUCCAUCCAUCCAGCCAGCCAGCCAGGCACCAAAUACAUGGCUCAACAAGUUCACAUCGCUAUGGUGCCUCUAAGCGCCCCAGGCCACUUCAUCCCCAUGGUGGACAUGGCCAAGCUGUUGGCCCAACAUGGUGCCACUGUCACCCUCAUCACCACCCCCCAGAUCGCCUCGAGGUUCGCGCCGGCCAUCGACCGGGUGACCCAGGGGGAGUCUGGGCUCUCGAUCUGCGUGCGCCACAUCCGGUUCCCGUCUCAAGAGGCUGGCCUCCCGGAGGGCUGUGAAACGGUGGAUGCCCUUCCCUAUACGGACAUGAUGAAGAACUUGCUUGUGGCUCUCGCCAUGCUGCAGGAGCCCUUUGAGGAGUUGUUUGAGAGCAUCAAGCCCAAGCCAAGCUUCUUAAUAGCUGAUAUGUAUCUGUCUUGGGUGGCUGAGACAGCUAGGAAAUUCAAAGUUCCAAGGAUCAUCUUUGAUGGGACGAGCUGCUUCAACAUGUUAUGCUCCCACAACUUGUCUACCUCUGGAGUUCAUGAGGAUUUGGGGGAUUCUGAGCCCUUUUUGGUGCCUGGUUUGCCGCAUAAAAUUGAGUUUACGAAAGCUCAGCUGCCUAAGACACUCAAUCCAACCUCAAAAGAAUCAAAGGAAUUCUGUGACAGAGUAAGUGAAGCUGCAGCAGAGGCUUAUGGGGAGGUGAUCAAUAGCUUUGAGGAGCUAGAGCCAAGAUACAUCCAAGAAAUCAAGAGGGUGAAAGGAGAUAAAGUUUGGUGCAUUGGGCCACUGUCACUGUGCAACAAGGACAACACAGAUAAGGCUCACAGAGGGAACAAGUCUUCCAUUGAUGAACACAAGUGCCUAAGCUGGCUUGACGAACAGGAGCCGGGAUCGGUGGUCUACGCCAGCCUUGGAAGCAUCAGCCGGCUUUCGCUUCCCCAGCUGAUGGAGCUUGGAUCAGCCUUGGAGGCCAGCAAGUACCCAUUUGUUUGGGUCGUAAGAGGAGGCGAAAUAACGGAUGAGAUAUGGAAAUGGAUGGAAGAAGAUGGAUUCCAGGAGAGAACGAAGGGGCGAGGUCUUGUUAUCCGGGGCUGGGCCCCACAAGUACUGAUCUUAUCCCACCCUUCUGUGGGGGCAUUCCUUACACAUUGUGGCUGGAACUCAACCUUGGAGGGGGUCUCAGCUGGUUUGCCAAUGGUGACUUGGCCAAUAUUCGCCGAGCAGUUCUUCAACGAAAAGCUGGCUGUGGAGGUGCUGGAGAUUGGAGUGAGUGUUGGGGCUCAGGUGGCUGUGAAUCUUGGAGAUGAAGAGAAGUUUGGAGUGGUGGUGAAGAGGGAAGAAAUCAGAGGGGCUGUAGAGAAAGUGAUGGAAAAGGGGGUGGAAGGGGAAAAGAGGAGGCAAAGAGCAAAGGGACUCAAAGAAAUGGCAAAGAGGGCAAUGGAAAAAGAGGGCUCUUCUUACUUGAACAUGGAGCUGUUGAUUGAAGAUGCCAGGAAACAGUGAGUCGAUAAGGGUAAUGUUGUUUGUACAUAAAGAGGGUUAUAAUAGGUUACAGAUUGAUGAAAUGGGAAUGACCCAUUUGCUCCUAUAAUAAAUGACCCAAACUUACCCAAAACUCUCUCUUUUUCCUCUAUCUCUCUCUCGUCUCACCUAAAAAACUCUUUCUCUUUCCUCUCUCUUUCUCGCCCGCCUCACCCUCGUCCCUUGCUGACCGCCAUCGUCCGUUGCAUUCUCGAUUGGUUUGGGUGGUCACCUAUUGUUAAAGGAUGCAGCGAUGAGACGCGACAGAGACAAGGUGGUAAGGUGGCAGUGGCAAGACGGUGAGGUUGUAGCGACGAAAAGAGGCGAGGCAACGACGAGAACAGGCGAGGGCGAGAGGCAAGCGACGACAAAGACGAUGCGCUGAGAGACGCAGAGGCACUAGCGGUAAGGUGGUGAGACGGCAGUGGCGAGACAAUGAAGUUACAGUUGCGAGAUGAGACGAGGGCAAGGUUAGCAGGGAGAGAGAGAGGAGGGUGAAAUAAAUCAUAAUAUAUUAUAAUAUUUUAAUGUCAAAAUAUCACAAUAAAUUCAGACUAAAAAGUUUUAUAAACUCUAUUAUGUACGAAUAGUGUGAUCGAGUCGAUAAUGUACAUGAAAAUAGAAAAUGUCACUGUCAGUGUCACUGUCGCAGUCUUUGUCUUUGAACGCGAUUAGGCUUUCAUCACUUGUAGGCCACCUUUUCUUUCUUUGUAUCCUUCCUCUUAAUUACUUGUGCAAGCUUUUCAAAGGAAGGAAGCUGCUUUAAUAUUAUUGGACUUUCAAGCUUAUUGCA